AUGUCCACUGUUUUAAGCUGUAUAGUCACCAUCAUAUGCAUCAUCGGUGUGGUCUUUAACCUCAUCGUCUUCCGAGUCUUGUUUACCGUACGAAUAAGUUCUGAAGUGACUAGUGGCCUGCUGCGGUUUGAGUGUUUCAUCUGCGCCUGCUCUUGCCUAUUCGCUUUGUUAUCCACUCACAUUCGUAUUUCCAUUCCAUCGGGGCUCAGAAUUCUAGAUCUUGUAGCAUGCUAUUGUUGGGAAAAUUUUGCUGCCAUCUGGUUUUGGAUCACAUGGAGUAUAUCUGGUAUGGUCUGCCUCAACCUGGAACGUGUAAUCGCUAUUUAUUUUCCCCUAAUAUAUCGAGCACACCCCAGGCGCCUACUUCUAAUUGCCGUUAUCUACUGGGUGAUGAUGUGGCCACUGGCCUAUGUGUCCAUUCCAAUACACCGGACUUAUUCCAACGGAACUUGUGGCUGCGCACUGGCGCGCACUCGUUUCAACAAGCUUCAUCAAAUUUUUGUGAGAUACCAAUUAGAGCAGUUGCCCGACGGUAGCCUAAUCGUUCGACUUCUCGCCAAACUGCCCAAUCCAAUGUCCACUGUUUUAAGCUGUAUAGUCACCAUCAUAUGCAUCAUCGGUGUGGUCUUUAACCUCAUCGUCUUCCGAGUCUUGUUUACCGUACGAAUAAGUUCUGAAGUGACUAGUGGCCUGCUGCGGUUUGAGUGUUUCAUCUGCGCCUGCUCUUGCCUAUUCGCUUUGUUAUCCACUCACAUUCGUAUUUCCAUUCCAUCGGGGCUCAGAAUUCUAGAUCUUGUAGCAUGCUAUUGUUGGGAAAAUUUUGCUGCCAUCUGGUUUUGGAUCACAUGGAGUAUCUCUGGUAUGGUCUGCCUCAACCUGGAACGUGUAAUCGCUAUUUAUUUUCCCCUAAUAUAUCGAGCACACCCCAGGCGCCUACUUCUAAUUGCCGUUAUCUACUGGGUGAUGAUGUGGCCACUGGCCUAUGUGUCCAUUCCAAUACACCGGACUUAUUCCAACGGAACUUGUGUGAUCACCUAUACAUUUGCGGAGGACUGGCGCCAACUUGCCUUCAAAACCUAUAUCUUUUCGUGGUGUGUUUUAAUGUACGUCAUACCGGGCUUGGUACUAGUGGUUACUCAAACGCUGGUAAUUUGGAGAAUAAGAAAGAAAUCACUUUCCUAUGCAAACCAAAAAACUAUUCAGCCUACAGGUGAACUACAAGUGGCACUUGAUGAACAUGUGAAACGUCUGAUCUGGACCACGGUAGCAAUGAGUUCAUUUUUUCUUUUCCUACACCUGCCCGACACAUUGCUGAAAUUCCUCAAUGCAGUGCGCGCCAUCCGUUUGGAACCCGGAUCAAUCACGGAGAUGUUUGGCACAGUUAGCAUCCUUUCUUGCGAUGCCUUUUACCCGAUACUGUUGAUUUGUAUGACAUCGACACUGAAAGCUUACGUUAAAUGCAAGCUGGUCUGUGGAGUGGCUCAUAUUGCACGCUAUUGUCGCAUCAGAUGCCAACGACGUGUACAGUUUGAAGUGUCUGUGUGA